AUGUGUGCUCUACCAUGUGGUUGAUGGAUGCAUGAUUUUCACUGCGGAGUCUCUUUUUUAAUUCCAUGUUUUUUCGACCAAGUGAACUUUCCUCGAUGCUCUUGUGUCAGUUCCGAAGUCCAGAAAGAUGUCCGCAACCACCUGAUUUAACUAGUCGGCGCUGAAAUAAGUUUCUUUGAUCUAAGAUCAUCAGUGGAACCAAACCUUUAUUUGAUAUUUUGGUAGUCAGUCAAUACGUUUUUCGUUAAUACGUGGAGUUGGUGCAUUUAGUCGGGAUGCUUGCUUCAGUAGUUGGACUUUUAUACUUGGUCAGUGCACGCACUGUGCGUACACAGGAUGCUACAGGUAGCCGCUUCGUUUGCAACGCCAUUCCCCCGGGCGCAGAGCCGGGUUGCGGGUAUGGUCCUACGGGGAACCGUGUCCAAAGCAGCAGUCCAGUAGAAGACGAGCUGCGGAACACGAUCAUCCAGCUCCGAGAGACCAUUCUGCAGCAGAAGGAGACCAUCGUGAGCCAGCAGGGGACCAUCAAGGAGCUCAACUCCAAGCUGGCGCGCUGCGAGGCGGCCGCUGACGAGUCAUCGCAGGGCAAGUCCCGGGGUCAGGGCUCCAGACGGAAGGAGUAUGGCAAAAACACCAUGGGUGACCUGCCCCGGGACCCCAGCGAGACCAUAGACCAACUGGGCAAAACCAUGCAGAGUCUCAAGGGUCGGCUGGAGAACUUGGAGCAGCAGCAGUUGCGUCUCCCAAGUACCAAUGUUUCUACGGGGGGCGUCUCGGCCCUGUCUCCGCUGCCGGCAGAGCUGCGCGAGCUGCUGCGGCAGCGUCUGGGGGCGCUAGAGAGCCAGCUCCUGCGGAAGGUGGCCGAGCUGGAGGAGGAGAAGAGUCAGCUCUACAAUGAGACAGCGGCCCACCGCCAGCGCACUGAGAGCACGCUUAAUUCCCUCCUGGAGAGGAUCACCGAGCUAGAGAGAAGUAAUAACGCGUUCAAGUCACCUGAGGAUUUCAAGGUGUCACUCUCAUUGCGCACCAACUACCUGUAUGGACGCAUCAAGAAGAGCCUGCCAGAGAUGUAUGCCUUCACAGUGUGCAUGUGGCUAAAGUCCAGCGCUAGUCCCGGCAUAGGAACCCCAUUCUCCUAUGGCGUCCCGGGCCAGGCGAAUGAGAUAGUACUCAUCGAAUGGGGGAACAACCCCAUUGAACUGCUUGUUAAUGAUAAGGUGGCCCAGCUGCCUCUCUCUGUGAGUGACGGGCGCUGGCAUCAUAUCUGCAUCACCUGGACGACUAGAGACGGUUUCUGGGAGGCUUACCAGGAUGGAGAGCGUCUGGGCACGGGGGACAACCUGGCCCCUUGGCACCCAAUUAAACCUGGAGGGGUGAUUAUCCUGGGACAGGAGCAGGACAUAGUAGGAGGCCGUUUUGAUGCCACCCAGGCCUUUGUGGGUGAGCUGAGCCAGUUCAACAUGUGGGACCGGGUACUGCGGCCUGUAGACAUCAUGGGCAUGGCCAACUGCUCUGCCUACAUGCCCGGCAAUGUGAUCCCUUGGAUUGAUGCCAAUGUGGAAGUGUUGGGUGGUGCGACGAAAGCUGCUCUGGAAAUCUGUGAAGAUCGUGCUUUUGACUCCUAAAAAGGUCCAGUAUGAGUCCAGUAUGGCCACUGGACUCAAGAAGCUUUCAUUGGGAUGAAGGAGCAUUCUGACUUUGUGUUGCUUCUGUAAAACCCCCAAAGGAAAACGGGUCUUGGUACUACAUCGGUGUCAACAUUGUUUACAGAUUCAUGUGGUCUGGCCGUGUGGUCUCCAUGACCCAGCGUUUAUCGGACUCAAUCUCAAUGAUUCACAACUUCAUGUCCAUUUUAUUUUGAUCCUCAAGACUUGAAAGUGCAGGAGAUGCCACUUUCAACUGCUCAUGAGGUCCGGACUUUGCGGACACUGUUUUCACCAAUCCACUGUAAUGAUGUGAUCUAUUGCCAUUCUGUGUUUUAUGUUAAUUAGAUAUGCUUACAAUUGACAACAGCAUUUUUUUUUUUUUUUUUUUUUUUUUGGGUUGCAUACCUAACACAGACAAUGCUGCACUGUGUUCAUAGUGAAUGUGAGCUCCAACAGGCUUUGAUGUGCUGUGGAAUACUAUUCCUGAGUUGCAUGGUGGAGUACUAUAUGCUGUGAGCUUCUACGCUGUUUGAGGAGGAGUAAGGCACCAAACCUUAAGUGAAUAUAGUGGACGCUGCCUGGUGGACAUAAGGUUGCUGAAGAACGGCGCUCACUACUUGUUAUUUUGAGGGAGCUAAAUGUGGCCAGCUGUCAAAAUAUUGUGCAUGAGUCGCCUGAGUCAUGAGUAGAACCAAGCUCAAAAGUGACAGUGCAUGCUUUCUGCCAGUACACACAGGCACGGCUUGUGUGUGCGUUCAAACAAGCAUAUGCAACAUGCCAUCGAAAUUAUGUAAGAGCGUGUAUGUAUGUUUGUGUGCGUAUGGUCUGUCGUGUGUGUAAAAAAGACCGGAGAUUAGGAGCGAGGGAGGACAUUUUCAUUCUUGUAAAUCUAUGCUUAAUACCUCUCUCCCCUUGAGCAGCUGCCAUGUUCCAAGCAGCUUUAUGGAUGGGCUGGUCCUGCUCAGGUUAAAAGCAAAGUCGGACAGCUGCCCAGAACUGGCGGGUCAACAGAGCUCUGAAUGGCAGCCGAGUGCCCAGCGAGGGGAGGAGGGGACCGGGUUUGACCUUCAAGUGAGAUUCUUAAUCCCUCAUCUGGGCAGUAAUUAUCUGUGUUUGUGAAUGAGCAAGGCUGUGAGUCGGAUGUAAGCUAUUUGGCAUCGAAAAGUUACAGUGCUCAGCGUUUCUCAAGGCCAAGUCGCAGUGUCACACUUGAUUCACCAUUAUGACACACACUGGAUAUAAAAAGAGAGGUGUCUGUGGGCAUAAUGACUGUUGUUGUACGGCUGACUUUUGUCAAUGUUUGCAGAAAAGUUUGUUCAAAUACAGGUCAUAUAUAUAUGUAUAUAUAUAUAUAUGAACUGUAUAUCUGUAUGUGCAACUCUAAGGGAAUCAGCAGUGGCUUUUGGGUGAAUGAAUUUAAUACUUCAUUGGCUGCUUACACAUUAAUCCUCAAUGUCGUGUUGUAGAUUUGUUUUGAUGCUGUUUGUUCGUUGAUUAUCAGUAAAAUGUUGUUACCACAAUGCCUGGUACAGGAUCCCCAUUUGGAGAAGAAACAAUUUUAAAGAGGCAACAAAGACAUCAACUUUACUAUCUCCUCUAGAGUUUCUUUUUUCCUUGUGGAAUGUCCUUACCCAAAUGAUGACACAAUACGAGCCACUUUAAAGCUUGUUGUCCAUAUUUGAAAAGAUGUGAUGCAGUAGGAUAUUGGACAGCACCGAAUGUUAAAAAAAAAAAGGUGCACACUCAACAUUUUAACAAUCUGUUGAAUAUGACACCAACAUGUUGUGAUUGUUCCUCUUUUGAGUGUCCUUGUUUAUGAUAUUUAAAUGUAAAAUCUGAGCUUUCCGUUCCUGUAGAAAGUGUGACUUUCUUGCUUUUCUGCUCAUGAUUUCUGUUAAUUAGCAGCUCGUUAUGU